AGCUAAGAAUAUGGAUUGGUGCAAAUUCAAAAUUCCUUCUGUGGGGCCCAUCAUGUCCAUCAGACAAGAACGACGAUUGAGCAAGUGAUGCAACAUUUCUAGUAACCAUAGCGAAGUGACUGUUUUUGCUGGAAUUGGUCUUUGUAAUUGUGUUGCUGGUAAGAUUGGUGAUGAUGAUCAUCAUGGAGACAGCAGAGGCGGAUUUAUAAUAUUCCCAAAAGGGGUGUUCAUGAAAUGUCCAUACAUUUAAAAAGGGGCUUACAUUAUCAAUACGUUUUUUUCUGGUAAAUAUCAAUAACCAUAUCACUUUGCGACUCAAGGGGUGGGAGGGGUGUAGCAUUGCCUCCAUUACUUCCCUUGGAUUCUCCACUUGGCCUUAUACACGAUGUCGAUGGUCAUGAUCCUGUUGACGAUUAUUCUCACGAUGAAUGUUGGGUCUGAGUAAUUGACCGUGGCCAGGAUACUAAUUCACACUCUGCUUCGCUGACAGCGGCGGCCCCAUACAUGUAUGAGGACCACAUCGUGGGUGGCUACGAGUGCGCUGCCCACUCGCAGCCGUGGCAGGUGUCCAUCAACAUCGGAUACCACUUCUGCGGAGGCUCCCUGAUCUCCAGCGAGUGGGUCGUGUCUGCCGCUCACUGCUACAAGACCCCGUCCCUCAUCUCUGUGCGCAUCGGCGAGCACAACAUCUUCGAGUCUGAGGGCACCGAGCAGAGGAUCCGGGCCUCCAAGGGGAUCCGCCACCCCCAGUUCAACUCAAGCACCUUCGACAACGACAUCAUGCUCAUCAAGCUGUCCUCGCCCGCCACCCUCAACCAGUACGCGCAGGCCAUCCCGCUGCCCUCCUCCUGUAUCGGCACCGGAGUCAUGUGCACCAUCUCCGGCUGGGGCCAGACCAAGACCAGCCUUGGCAAACCCGCUGUCCUCAUGUGCGUCCAGGCGCCCGUGCUGAGUGACACCUCCUGCAGGAACUCCUACCCCGGUGACAUUACCAACAACAUGAUCUGCCUGGGAUACCUGGAGGGUGGCAAGGAUGCCUGCAAGAAUGACUCCGGCGGCCCCGUCGUGUGCAAUGGCCAGCUGCAGGGCAUCGUGUCGUGGGGUCGCGGCUGUGCCCUGCCCAACUACCCCGGCGUGUACACCAAGGUGUGCAACUACAACUCCUGGAUCGCCAGCACCAUGGCCGCCAACUGAGCGACUCACUCGGAAGCCACCUUGCCGAGCAACAAGCACCGUGAUUGUUGUAAUGCCAUGAAACAAAUAAAACCUUUCAAAUGUUGAUGCCACAAUUUUUUUGUUGUCUCAUUUUCUUCGUAAAGGUGACAGUGUGAAGCACAGAUAUAGAAGCAUAGCAUAGUACGGCACAACAGUGGAUUUUACUGUUCAGUAACAAGCCUACAGCUCAGCAGUGUUUAACCGCUUUGGUAAGGUGGCCCCCAAAUGAAGACCACUCUUCCUCCCACCUGCAACCCUUUAAAAAAAAGUAUACACUUCAAAGGAGGAAUUGUCAGUUAAAAUUGGUCAAAGUGGUCAAUUGAAUUCAUUUGCAUAAGCGGUUUUU